GAUCAGCCACACCAGGACACGAUCAAGUGCGGUUGCUGAAUCAGUCAGUGGCAGAAGAACUCAGGGGUGCAUCUGUACUUUCAACUUGGGUUAAGAACUAAAAAUGGCAAGAAAUCUUCUAAAAAACCCAAAUGGAGAUGAGGGAAUGGCUUUUUGGAAGUUGACUAAAAAUGGGGGCAAUGGGUGGAAAGUAGAGAACAUGCCUGAAGACCAUCGCUACAAUUUUUUUGCUGGGGCUGUAUCCAAAUACUUCGCCACCUCUUUUGAGCUGUGUCUUAAAACACAGGAGAUUGACCUUGUGGCAGAAGGUUAUGACCCUAGAGUCUUGGACACUCAAAAAGUUACAGUUACAGUGCAGGACUGGUACUCUGGUCGAACCGACUGUGGCUGUACUUAUAAGGUGAAAGUAAAUCUGCUUGAUAAGAACAGAAAGAUUUUGGAGGUGUUUAGUCCUGCGGAGGUGAGCCUUGACCCAGCCAUUCAUAACUGCUCAUGGAGACAGGUCACCCACACAGUGACUGUAAACCCAGGCCUGCGCUACAUCACCUUCGAGCAUGGUGGCAAAGACAACAAACGCUGGCAAGGCUGGUAUGGAGUGAGAGUAACUGGAAGCUCUGUUACUGUCGAUUUGGAGAAUGCAAUACUAAUAAUGCAUAGCUACUAAGAUGAGUGAUAUUAGACACAUGAAUUGAAAAGAGAUGCUAAUUAAAGGCUAAUAACUUGCAAGAAUACUGUUGUAACACACACAGUUUGAGAAGCUUCCAAUAUUAAUUUUAGAUUCUUAGUCUAGCAUGUGUGCAUCUACUAACAGCUAAUUCUAUUAACACAAUGCCUUCAGAUUAAACAGAUUAACCCGUAACAGGUUAUAUCAUGUAUAAUAUAGUACUAUAAGCCAAAAUAAUGGGACUAAAUAAAUAGUGUCUUAAAACUGA